GACGGUGUCUGGCCCUGGGACUCUGGCGCUGCCUAGCAGGAGAUGCCACGGGCUCAUCCCUUCAGUGAUUGAUUGCACUGACUGCAAAGCAGUAUUGAAAACAGCCUCUCAGUUAAGUCGCAUUUGUCAGACUUCUCUGCAAAAUUCCUGCAUCAGAAGCUCUGUGGAGGAAUGCAG